UUUACCUUUCAACUGAUUAACUAAUUGAGUGUUUUUGUUGACCAUUAAAAUGAAACUUUCAUUUGUCUUGAUCGCCCUUUUCUGUGUCUCAGCAAUUAACGCUAGAGCCAUCAAAGUAUCAAAUCCAUUCGCCAAAAUCUUCAUCAACUUUGUCCAAGGUUGGAUCGAGAAGUUUGAAGAAAAAAUUCCCGCUUGGAAUGGAUCAGCUUCGCUCGAGAAAAACGUCCUAAUCUUUGUCGACGAAUCUUUAAAAGCUGGUGUUUUACCAGGCUGGAAUCCCGAUUAUUCGUUAGACGAUAAUAUUGUCCAAGUUCUUGAAACGUUCAUGCGAUCACUUCAAAUUCAAGAACUCGAUGAAACCAAGUCCGUCACCGAAGCUCUUAACAUUCUUGUCUUCCAUUUCCUGGGAAAGGUCCCCUUCCUAUCAAUAUCAGAAGACGAACUCCAAGAUAUUCAUGAUCAAAUUGUCCGAAAUGCUAUUGAAGCUCUCAACGCCCCUGAACUCAUUGAAUGCCCAGAAUGCGACGUCAAAAAGUCAGUUGGUGAUAAUCUUGCCGCUUUGGCCGAUGCUGUGGUUGCCAAAGCUGAAUUAGAUCCAAACGUUUCAUUGGAAGAGGCUGUUAAUCAGAUCAUUAAAAACGCUCUUGCCGACGUAGACUUACCUGGAUUCAGUCCAUCGCAUACCCUCAAAGAAAAUGUUAUCGACUUUCUCGAAAACCUUUUCAAUUUCUUAUCCAUAUUUAAUCAGGAAGUUAAUUAUGAUUAACAAUAAUAACUUAUU